AUGUGGUUAUACGAGCUUCGAAAUGAACUGGUCCUCCUGAUAGUGAACGACUACAUAUACGUAGACACCGCCCUAAUACAGCAGCAUCUCACGCCACAAGACAUUGAGGUGGUAGUUCCAUGUCACUUUGCGAUGGAAGCGCGGAAAAAUUCCAUAGAAGAACUACUCCAGGCAAUGUGGGCGGAAUCUAUUCAGAGGAUGGCUGCGCCAACAAUGGUACACAAAUCGACUAGCGCCUUAUACAAUCGUCAACUAAGCAGCGAAGAAGCCGUAGUUCCCUUGAAGAGCGAGUCAGUUAUCGUGCCCGAGGAGUACAUACGAGCUACCAUCAUCCAAGCACAUGAACGAUAUAGACAGUAUUUCGUGAGAGACUACACAUCCAAUUGUAUAAGGAGACGAACGUAUUUCGCCAAAAAUGUGGAGCCUGCCCCGGAACCCUUGAGGAUCGCAGCCGCGAGUCUCAUCCAAAGGGUCUAUAGGCGGUUUAUGGAAAUCAAAAGGCAAAGAGUGCAAGAACAUAAGAGGGAUAUUUUAUUGGGGAUAGUUCCGGAUCCGUGGCGCGAGGGUCAGCUGGACCUCAAAGAAGAAACUAAGAAACUAUACUCAUUGCGAUGUCGCAUCAACGAGAGAACGAGACAGAAGUAUAUGGAAGAGCUGGACAAAGAGAGCACGAGGCUGAUCAUGUUGAAGAGAGACUUACAGAUUGAUGACAUCACCGACCAUAUUCGGGAGUGGUUUAAGGAAUGGUUGUACGGAUACGGCUUCCUCCCCGACUACCCAUAUGAUGCUGAAGGCGGUACCAUCAUGGUGAUACGAGGACAGUAUCCCACCGUAGCAGAGAAGAUAGAGGCAGAUGAAAAACUGGCAGCUGCUACCAAAGGAAAAACUAAAGAAAUGUUGAAAGCAGAGAAGAAGCAAGCGAAACUCGACGCCAUCGAGAAGGCUAGAGCUCAGAAAGAGACAGAAAAAAAACUGGCCGAGCAGGAACACAAGUUGAAGAGUAACCCGCUGAGUGACCCGGGAUACAAGAUGAUGCAGUCUCACCAUAUGGAGGACUUACAUCAGGUUCUUCAGCGCUACAACGGCUGCUGGUCCGUCUACGAUAGCUUCCAGCCAGAGUUGGACGGCGAGGUGGUAUAUGGCUACAUUCGCUUCAUCAUGAGUGAAGACGUGAUGAACCAGCUCCAUGUGGAAUGCCGGCAAUAUGUGGACGAACUUAUGAGAUUGGAGUUGAAAUUGCUCGUGGAAGCGCACAAGUUGCAAUACAAGACGAUGGGACAGAAAUACCCGACGAUGAAGCCGCGAAAGAAACCUCCCCCCAUCCGGGUCCCCAAACCCCUAAAGGUGGACGGCGAUAUGAUCGAUGGUUUUAAGUACCUGUUCGACCUCGGGGUAAUUUCGAAACCGUCGGGUAAGAUCGACGACAUCAUCGGCGACUCUAACUACGCUGCCUACGAAUAUAACGUUGCGGAUCCGAAUUCAAGUUUCCCGCCGCCCGGGUACGGCGACGUGCGCCGACGUCUCGUGUUGUCCUGCGUGUUCGGGUCCGGAAUCGAACCCGGGGCCUCGCGCUACCGUGCCGUGUUGCUGCUCGGCCCGCCGCGCAACGGCAAGAGCUUUCUCGUUGACUGCGUCGCUGGGGAGAUGAAUGCAGUGAAAAUAGACAUAUCGCCAGAAAUGGUGAGCUCGGUGGUGGAGCAGCCAGGAAAAACGGUAGAAGACGUAUUCCUGGCCGCUCGGGUGUUUCAACCCUGCGUGGUCUACAUGAGGGAUAUAGAGAGGGUGUUUCUCAACCCCGUCCCACCAGAGCAGGUAUACUUGAAAGCAAGUACUGUGAAGGCGGCUUUAGCCAAAUGUGUGAAAGGGAUAGCAGCUGAGGAUAAAAUUAUUUUUAUAGCAACGUGCACAACCCCAUUCGGCUUUCCAGCCGCUCCAAUGGUAUCCUUAUUCGACGAGAUGAUCCUGGUACCACGUACUGACUAUAAUAGUCUACAGUUGUUCCUGUACCACAAGCUGCAAAGUAUAAGAAGCGUGGAGCGAGACUUCUGCGUGCAGAGUCUAGCAAAAACACUGCAGGGUUACGGAUUCGGAGUCAUCAUUGAGAUGUUCAACCAAGUCAUGUGCGCCGAGAGAAUCGUCAGAUUAAACAUCACUCCGCUCUCACCGGUAGAGUUCAUCGACGCCAUGGCGAGCUUCGAAUCUCUCAGUUUAGAGGACUACCAGUUGUACGAGGAGUUCUUCAUCAGCAACUCUUCUCUGAAGAAGCCCAGAGCUGACCUGAUGGAUAUUAACAUGCGGAGAGCGGACGUUUAUGACAAACUAAGGAAGAAAGCGGAGAAGGAGAAAGAGAAAUAA